AGUUGAUACCAAGUUCCAAAGCCGAAAGCCUAGGAUUUCUAAGCAAUGGUUAUACGUUAAAUCUCUUAGAAUAUUGUUGUUACUUCUUUCACGUUAUUUCUGAUAAAGUACAGGCAUUUGCAUAAAUCUAUCACACAUUUAAAAUUAGUCUUACCUCUAUAAGAGUUGAAAAGAGCAAUAGAGAAAAUUUGUCUAUGGCGGGGUGUUUUUAACAUUUCAAGCAAACUUCAAAUGACGCCAUUUAUCAAGUUUGUGUAGAAGAAAGUAAAGUGCAUUCUAAUUUUAGUAAUUGAUUAAAGUAGUACUCAAUAUUGCUAUUAUAUUAGCAACAAAGAAUUUUUAAAAGAAAAAAUAUUAAAGAAUAAAAGCAAUCGUAUAAAAGAUUAAAGGGUGACCUUGUGUUCUACAACAUGGGUAAUGAACAAUCUUCAGAAAACGAGAGGAGAAAAAGGGAUGCCAAUAUCCAGGCAACUUUGCAAAAGACUUUAGAAAAGCAAAGGCAAAUUUAUGAACAGAGAUGCAAAGAAAUGUUGCAAACUCAAGCAGAGGCUUUGCGAAAAGAACAAUUAGCUUCAACAAGUGUAAAUAUAACUGCUGGAACAUCCAGAGAUUGUCAGAAUAAUUUAUAUCCAAAUCUACAACCUAGCACUUCAAGUGAACAUUCAUCCCCCAUUGUCUACACAAGUCCCUUAUCCUAUCAGAGAUAUAGUGUUACCAGCCAAAAUAAUGAUCUCACAACAAAUACCGCAACUGUCUCAUCUGCAAAUGAUGCACAAAGGGUAAUACCUUCAGCACCACCAAUGACUUAUAAACAACCAAUGAAAGUAAACAGUGUUCAAAAUUAUAGUGGACUCGGCACCGAACACAACUGUCCAAAGUGCGGCAAUAAAUUCGGCUUGCACAUAUUUCAAUGUGGCAGUGGACACAGUUCAUGUAGGAAUUGUAAAAUAAAUAGCGGCAUUUGUGGCGUUUUGAACUGUGGUAAAAAAAUAACAGACAUGAGAAAUAGAACCCUUGAAGCUUACAUGGCCGAUUUAAUGUUAACUACCAAGCAAGGGAUUGUGAAAGAUUGUAAGCCAGUAAAUCAACAGACUAGUCAAUAUAACUCUAGACUUAAUUGUCCCAAUCAUCACGAUGGAUGCUGUUUACAUUUUACCACCAAUGAAAUGGAUAACCAUUUAAAAGAAUGUCCAUACAAUGAAAUGGCUUGCCCACUUCUGGCUAUAUUCGGACGGUGCUCCUGGCGCGGUAAAUUUAACCAACUGGACGGCCACUUUGCAGACUGUCAUCCUGAACAUCGUCGCGGCCAAGUCGAUACAGAAAUGUCGAUUGUAAACACGAAAAAUGACAACAGAAUAUUUUAUUUAGUUUUAAUCGGUACAUAUAAUUUCUUUAUUCAUUUAAAAAUCGAUUCUAACGCUAAAAUGAUUUAUUUGGCCGCUCAAUUAGUUGGCACAAAGGUGAGUGCUUCAAAAUGGUGCUACGAAUUCCAUAUCUACAAUAAGGCACAGCCAAGAAGGAAAUUCCAGUAUUUCGGUGUUUGCACAUCCAACACCAUUUCGAUAGAUGAUAUCUUUUUGAAAAAACAAUGUGCUGUUAUACCGAUGGCUUACAUUGACACAUUUAUAAAUCAUAAUUGUUUAAAUUAUAAAUUUUUCCUAAAGAAACAAAUCAAGACUACUUCAUAAGAUGAAAAGCUAUAAAAGUAAAUUCGUGUCUGCUGAAUACGGAUUUAGAUUAAAAUGCACGAUUGUGAUUUCAAGGUUUAAAAAAAAUAACCAUAGAGUACUGAUAUAGAUGUUAAUAAUAACUAAAAGGCGGCAAUUUAUGUACCGCUGUUUUUAGUAUUCUUCUAAAAUACCAUUUAUGUAAAAGACAUCCAGCAUUGUAAUAUUUGAUUUAAUUUAGAAUCUCAUAUGAGCGUGAAUAACUAUUUAAUUGGGUUUUUAAUUUUCUUUACACUCCAACACAUUAAUCGGGGCGGUCGCUAUAGCUUAUAGCUUGUAGGUUUAAAAAUCGAUGUUGCUAAUCGAAAAGUCAAAAAUAUACGGAAGUGACAAUAGCUUUCGAUAUGUCACGUACUUUUCCUACAAAUUUUGUCGAUUCCAGAACGAUAAGUAUAAUCGAAUAUUACAUUGUUUUGUCCCGCUGGCUCCACUGACCACUGACUAGCCUGGCUGGUUCUUUCAGAAUCAUAGUACCAUGACAUGUGUUUAUAAAGGACUAAAAGUAUUACAAUUUAGUAUAAGUGUAAAUGGGUAAAUAUAGAAAGUAGGAACUUAGGUUAUUUUUGAUAUAUCGAACAUAUGUAAUUUUCAUAUUAUUAAUUAGAAUCCUUUGGCGCGAAUGGCGC